AAUUCACGCGGAACUCGUAGCCAGACGAGUCUAAAAAUCCAAUAUGUCGCCACUACAUCUCUGAACAAUAAACCCUUUCAAACUCGUUUAAAAUUCUUUUUUCAAAAAAUUAACUAUGGCUGACGAUAAUAUAGAAUAUAGUAAAUUACCUUUGGAUAUUCGGGCCAAAUUAGCAGAACUGGAUUUGGAAUUGUCUGAAGGAGAUAUCACUCAAAAAGGAUAUGAUAAAAAGAAAGCUAAACUGUUAGAAAAUUAUACAAAAUAUCCGGAAAAUUUAACUGCUGGAGGAGGAAGUAGUAGUUCUACUAGUAGUGGAGCGGCACCAGCAGCUGGUAGAAGACACAACAGAAGAUUGACUCGAGAAGAUCACCGCUAUCACUCUGGCGACCAGCAUGGAGAAAUAAGACAAGAGGCCGUUAAAAAAGCAUUGGCCCAGUUUAAACACGAUCAAAAGAUACCCAUGCCUUCGAAGAGACAUUCGAACCAGGCUGCGGUGGGGGACCAGGCUAGAAGAGUAACUGGGAAUAAUGACCCUCCUUUACCAACAUCAACAAGACCAGUAUCAGAGUCGUCAUCAGAGGAAGACGAGGUAUUCGACCGAAAAUCUCCUCCAAAAGAAAAUAGAAAAUCAAAUUCUGGUCAUCAUCCUCGCCAUAAUUACGUAAAUAUGGCUGGGAGCUCUGCUCAGACAGCUUUAUCUCAAAUAAUGCAACAAUCAACUCCACCGCAAAUACCGCCUAUAACAGAUCCUAUAGAGUCAGCGGAAGAAUCACAACCAUCUUCUUGCCCAUCAGAAUCACCUCCUUCCCCUCCUUCGAAAAAUAUAGGAGAUACUGAUCGUCCUGAGUCUCCCCAGCAACAGCCACUUUAUGAAAACACUCGGCCAGUAAAAGUGUUGGAACAUCAUUCUCAAUUAUCUAGACCGAAAGAGCGAGAGGAACGUCCUGUUCCGGCUCCAAGAAGAAUAAACGAAUCAUCUUCUCCAGAUAAUUUAAGUGGUGGAGCUGGUGCUGCCGCUUUAGCUAGUUCAGGAGUUGCCUACGCACAAUUAGAACGUCCUACUGAUUUAUCAGAGAAGAAAAGAGAGAAAAGAAGAAGAAAUCAAUUGCGAUCAAUUGACGAGGCUAAAGAUCUAAACUCUUUAACAUCUUCUGCGUCGUCUAGUCCGAGAAAUAUAAGCGUAUUGCCGGUCACCUCUCUUAUGCAAGCUAAGCAGCAAGUAGCUGAUGUUGUUCAGGAUUCAACUCCAAGAAGUUCAGUCCUACAAGCAUCACAACCCCCUGAUGUUACUAAUAAUACAAGCUCAGCCGGAAGUGGAAGAUUAGCUCCCCAUCUGUCUUCAGUUCGAGGUGUCCCAAAUCUUGAUUUAGAAAGUGGAGACGUUUUGAAAUUAAGCAGAAUUUCAUCGAAAAUUCAAAAUUUGUGUGAAACUCUAAAGAAGCCAAAGCGUCGCCCUUUACCCGACUACUUUAUAGAUGAGGAUGAGGCAGUUUUAGAACCUCCAGCAUUAGAUCCGACUGCACCCAAACCUGACGGACCGCAAGUUAUUCCAAUAGAAGGAAAUCAGCUCAUUGUACCUUCAAGUUUACAAAGGAGAAACUUAGAGUCAUCACUUCAUCGAUAUGGAACGGGAAUGCCAAAAACUACUGCCAUUAGUGUUCUAGAUAGCAGUGGAAGGGCUUUCGGCACCAUAACCUAUGGAAAAUUACUUACUAGAGUCAACAAAUUAGCUUACAAUCUUUUGCGAAUUGGUUCAAAAUCGAAUCCUUUACUUAAACCAGAAGACACAGUUGCCCUUGUUUAUCCGAACAACGAUGCACUUUCAUUUAUUUGUGCCUUCUAUGCUUGCUUGACGGCAAACUUAGUUCCAGUUCCAAUCGAAGUUCCGUUGUCGAAGCGAGACGCUGGUUGUCAGAAUAUAGGAUUUCUACUUGGUAGUCUAAAUGUUAAAGUUGCAAUUACUUCGGAUGCUUGUCACAAAGGAUUGCCUAAAAAUCCAAACGGUGAAGUGAUAACAUUCAGAGGCUGGCCUAGACUGCAUUGGUUUGUCUCAGAACAUUUAAGUAAACCUGGUAAAGACUGGAAUCCACCUGCAAGAUUGCAAGAUCACGCUCCAGCUUAUAUUGAAUAUACACACGAUAAAGAUGGAAGUGUCCUUGGUGUUACUCACACAAGAGCAUCAAUGUUAGCACACUGUAGAGCCUUAUCGGUUGCAGCAAACUACACUGAAGGUGAAACAAUGGUCUGCGUUUUAGAUUUUAAAAGAGAUCUUGGUUUAUGGCAUUCAGUUUUGACUAGUAUAUAUAAUGGAAUGCACGUUAUUUUUAUUCCAUAUCAAUUAAUGAAAUCUGAUCCAGCUUCCUGGUUGAAGAUGGUCACUAAAUAUAAAGCAACUAUUGCUCUAGUUAAAUCUAGAGAUAUGCAUUGGGCAUUACUGGCAACCAAGGAUCAUAAAGAUAUUAAUUUACAAUCUCUUAGAUUUUUACUGGUUGCUGAUGGAUCAAAUCCAUGGUCUCUAACUUCCUGCGAUUCUUUCACGAAGCAUUUUUCAAGAUAUAAUUUGAAAGAAGAAGCCGUUUGUCCGUCGGGUAGUAGCCCCGAAGCGUUAACUAUUUGCAUGAGACGCCCCUCUAGAUCGGAAAGUUCAUCAUCGAAUAGUAAUACAACUGGUAGGGGAGUACUAUCGAUGAAAGGGCUAUCGCAUGGCGUUGUUAGAGUGGAUAGUGAUAGUAGUUAUACUUCGCUAGCAUUACAAGAUUGCGGCGUUAUUUUAGAUGGAGCUUCUUUGGCUAUUGUAUCUAUUGAUAAUCAGCCAAUUUUAUGUAAAGCUGACGAAGUCGGUGAGCUCUGCAUUUCCGCGCCAUACACAGCUCACUCUUACUGGGGACUUUCUGGAAAAUCAUCUAAAACUUUUGAAGUAGUACCCCUUUUAGAAGAUGGAACACCUGCGGUUCCAAAUCAAAAAUUUGUCAGAUCUGGAUUGCUCGGUUUUGUUGGUCCUGAAGCCUUAAUAUUUGUCUGUGGUAGCAGAGAUGGAUUAAUGACUGUCGGAAAUCGAAGGCAUAAUACUGAUGAUAUUAUAGCAACAGUAUUAGCUGUAACUCCUGCCCAAGGAAAUUUUAUAUACAGAGGACGAAUUGCCGUCUUUUCUAUCAGAGUUUUAAGGGAUGAGAGAAUAGUGAUAGUAGCAGAACAAAAACCUGAUGCUAAUGAAGACGAGAGCUUUAAAUGGAUGAGCCAGGUUCUCCAAGCCGUCGAUGCAAUUCAUAAUGUCGGAGUAUACUGUCUUGCUUUAGUUCCAGCUAAUUGCCUACCGAAAACUGCACUGGGGGGUAUUCAUGUCCACGAGACAAGAAGACGAUUCAUUGAUGGAAAUUUGCAUCCAGCAUGUGUACUUAUGUCUCCUCACACUUGUGUUACAAACUUGCCGAAACCGAGAGAGCAUCAUCCUGAUGUCGGACCUUCAGCAAUGUUUGUAGGAAAUAUUGUUCAGGGUGCUCGACUUGCUCAAGCCCAGGGCAGAGAAUUACCUAAGGAAGACGAUAACUCAACUAAUAAUUUCCUAUCUGAAAUCCUGCGAAAUCGUGCUCAGCAACAUCCGGACCAUGUACUCUUUACUUUAAAAACUUCUAAGAACGACUCAGAAAAGUUAACUUGCUCUCAACUUCACAAAAAAGCGGAGAGAAUCGCUUGUGUUUUAACAGACAAGAAUAAAUUAGUAGCUACCGAUUUAGUUGCGUUAAUGUUUCAUCCAGGAAUUGAUCUAAUAGCCUCAUUCUAUGGCUGUUUAUACGCUGGUGUCGUUCCUGUUGUUGUUAGGCCACCUAACGAACGUAACAUUCCAACCACACUCCCUACAGCAAAAAUGGUAGUGGAGGUCUCUAAAUCUAAGCUUUUGUUGACAAAUGGUGCCGUAGUCAAACUAUUAAGGUCAAAGGAGGCAUCAUCUGUUGUAAAUGUUAAACAAUGGCCACCCAUAGUUGAUGUCGAUGAUUUAGCAAAAAAGAGAGUGUCUUCGGUUUAUCGUGCACCAAGCAAUGAAUUAACUUGCUACGUUGAUUUUUCGGUGUCGACUACUGGUAUGUUAGCUGGAGUUAAAAUUUCUCAUGGAGCAGCAUCUAGUCUGUGCAGAGCAAUCAAAUUGCAAUGCGAAUUAUAUCCAGCAAGAGAAGUUUGCAUCUGUUUAGACCCGUACUGCGGUCUAGGAUUAGUCCUGUGGUGUUUGUCAAGUAUUUAUUCUGGCCAUCGAUCUAUUUUGAUACCGCCUUCCGAAAUUGAGCAUUCGCCGCAGCUCUGGAUGACAGCAUUAAGCCAAAAUCAAAUUCGCGAUACGUUCUGUUCGUAUGGAGUUAUGGAUUUGUGUACUAAAGGUCUCGGUGGCCCAUCAAAUACGAUUCAAACAAUGAUAAAGCACGGCGUUAAUUUAUCGUCUGUCCGAACAAUGUGUGUUAUUGCGGAAGAACGACCCCGCAUUAAGCUAAUGUCUGCAUUCACUGCUCUAUUCUCUGCGCUUAAAUUGAAUCCAAGAGCAGUUAGCACAAGUUUUGGUUGUAGAGUUAACGUGGGUGUAAAUCUUCAAGGAGCUUCUAGUCCAGACCCUACACAGGUGUAUGUUGAUUUGAAAGCCUUGAGAAACGAUAGGGUGGCUUUAGUUGAGAAGGGCAGUCCACACUCUCUCUGCGUUCUUGAAUCGGCUAAACUAUUACCAGGUGUAAAGGUUGUUAUCGCUAAUCCUGAAACAAAGGGACAAUGCGCAGACUCCCACUUAGGAGAGAUUUGGGUAUCAAGCCCUCAUAAUUCCUCUGGAUAUACUGUUAUUCAAGGAGAUAUUCAAGAAGGGGCAAUUCACACAGAUCAUUUCGAAUCGAAAUUAGCUACUGGUGACGUUUAUACAACAUUUGCUCGAACUGGAUAUUUAGGAUUUGUGAAAAGAACGGAGAUGACACAAAGUGAUGGAGAACGCCACGACGCACUCUUUGUUCUUGGAAGCUUAGAAGAAACGCUUAUCAUGAGGGGAAUGCGCUAUCACCCUAUCGAUAUAGAAGAAAGUAUAUUGAGAUGCCAUCGAAAGAUAUGCGAAUGCGCCGUAUUUACCUGGACCAAUCUACUAGUCGUAGUAGCUGAAUUAGAUGGACAAGAAAACGAGGCAAUAGACUUAGUACCCUUAAUCACUAAUGCUGUUUUAGAAGAACACUAUUUAAUUGUUGGAGUUGUUGUGAUUGUUGAUCCGGGAGUGGUACCAAUUAAUUCCAGGGGUGAAAAGCAACGCAUGCAUUUGCGUGAUGGAUUUUUAAAUGAUCAAUUAGAUCCAAUCUAUGUCAGUUAUAAUAUGUGA